GCUGAUUUGCCUAACUGGUUCCUGAGGUUUCCGCUGCCGUGAGUCAUGCUCCCGCCUGACACUGCGGUGCCGUCUGCCCUCCUGAAUUGCCCUGGCUCCUUGGGCCGGGUGGAGGUGGCAGUGCUGGACCCAUGCCGCGUAGCUCUCGGGUCUCAGCGCGUUGAGUUGCUCUCUGGAGCAACCCACUGAGCGUAAAGGAAGCCACGGGCAAUUAAAGCGGUUGGCUUAGGGACUUAGGUCUGGAUCUGGGUCUCACGGUGUCUAGCAGGAACUGCAGCCGCCCACCUGUCUGAUGCCGCACUGGAGGUGGAGGGUGCCGCUAUGGAGCGCAGCGAUGGAGGCCACGCUCUGUAUCCACACGUGCCUUUGGCUGAGUGCAGCCUGGAUCCCCCUUAUAUUGCCACAUGGACUCGCCCGUGCUACAGAGCUCGCUGCUGGCACUGACAGCCGGGGCACGGCUCACAGGCACGGCAAGCUGGCGUGGGCCGUGAACUUGGACGUGCCAGAGGAGGAACUGGAGCAGCGGGCGGAGGAGCUGGCCCGGACUGCAGGGCUGGUGAACAUGGGCCGCAUUGGGGAGCUCAAGGGCCAUUACCUCUUCACCUAUCAGCCUGACGGCCAUCCGGCACCCGAACCUGAAGCAAUAAGGAGGUCAGUGGAGGCUUUAUUUGCACAGCACGACAGCGUGCGGUGGCACUCGGAACAGAAGCUUCUGAAACGCUCCAAACGCAGCCUGCACUUUAAUGAUCCCAAAUACCCCCAGCAAUGGCAUCUGAAUAACCGGAAGAGCCCCGGGAAGGACAUCAACGUCACAGGCGUGUGGGAGCGCAACGUGACGGGGCACGGUGUGACAGUGGUGGUGGUGGACGACGGUGUGGAGCACACCAUCAAAGACAUACAGCCAAAUUACAGCCCAGAAGGCAGCUAUGACUUGAACUCCAAUGACCCAGACCCUAUGCCUCACCCUGACGAAGAGAACGGCAACCACCACGGGACCCGCUGCGCAGGGGAGAUUGCUGCUGUGCCAAACAACAGCUUUUGCACCGUGGGAGUUGCCUACGGGAGCCGCAUUGCCGGCAUCCGAGUGCUGGACGGGCCCCUCACUGACAGCAUGGAGGCCAUUGCCUUCAACAAGCAUUAUCAGAUCAAUGACAUCUACAGCUGCAGCUGGGGUCCAGAUGACGAUGGGAAAACCGUGGAUGGCCCCCAUCAACUGGGAAAGGCUGCCUUGCAGCACGGCGUGAUAGCAGGUCGCAGAGGGUUUGGGAGCAUUUUUGUAGUGGCCAGUGGCAAUGGUGGGCAACACAGCGACAACUGCAACUAUGAUGGUUAUGCCAACUCCAUCUACACUGUCACAAUAGGCGCAGUGGAUGAGACGGGCUCCAUGCCAUUCUACGCUGAGGAGUGUGCCUCCAUGCUGGCUGUGACCUUCAGCGGUGGGGACAAGAUGAUGAGGAGCAUUGUGACGACAGAUUGGGAUUUGCAGAAGGGCACAGGGUGCACGGAGGGCCACACCGGGACGUCAGCUGCUGCUCCUCUUGCAGCUGGGAUGAUUGCACUGAUGCUGCAGGUGCGGCCGUGUCUCACCUGGCGAGACGUCCAGCACAUCAUUGUCUUCACAGCCACCAAGUACCAGGAUCGUCACGCAAAGUGGGACAUCAACCAGGCCGGCUUCAGCCACAGUCAUCAGCACGGUUUUGGCUUGCUGAACGCCUGGAGGCUGGUAAACGCUGCCAAGAUCUGGGAGUCCGUUCCGUAUCUCGCCUCGUACAUUAGCCCUGUCCUGAAGGAAGGCAAGAGCAUCCCGUUACUCCCGCAGGAGCUGGAGGUCACGUGGAACGUCACCACCACCGACCUGGAGCUCUCUGGCAUGAGAACCCUGGAGCACGUGGCAGUCACCGUCACCAUAACCCACCCCCGCCGCGGCAACCUGGAAAUCAGGCUCUUCUGCCCCAGCGGCAUGAUGUCCCUGAUAGGGACCACCAGGAGCAUGGACUCGGACCCCAAUGGCUUCGCUGACUGGACCUUCUCCACAGUCCGGUGCUGGGGCGAGGAAGCGCAGGGCACGUACAGACUUGUCAUCAGGGACACCAGGGAUGAAAGCCUGAGGGCUGGGACCCUGAGAGAGUGGCAGCUGACCCUCUAUGGCUCCUCCUGGUCCCCAGCAGAGAUGAAGGAGCGGCAGAGGCUGCUGGAGGAAGCCAUGAGCGGGCAGUACCUAAACAGCAACUUCUCGCUGCCGUGCCCUCCAGGGCUGGAGAUCCCUGAGGAGCAGCGCUACACCAUCACUGCUAACACUCUCAAGACCCUCCUGCUGUUGGGAUGCUUUGCUGUGUUUUGGACCUUCUACUACAUGCUGGAGGUUUGCCUGACCAGGAACCACAUGGGGCUUGACCUAACCUGCCAUGGCUCCACGGCCUGCAAGUGGUACCAGCAGGGCGGGAAGCACAGAGCCCUGGAAAACGGCCUGGAGAUGGAGUCUGUGCCGCUCUAUGGGGAGAAGGAUGCUGAGGACAUCGAGAUAGAGUGUGAGCACCCAGGCCCUGCCCAGGAGGACGUGGGGGAGGAGGGGUCCUGGACUCCCAGCCGCCCCAAACUUCACAGCACCAACAGAGCUGCAAACUUCCAUGAGGCUGCACCUGCCGGAGCAGGGUACCUCAGCCGGGAGGCGACAGCCGAGCUCCUCUCAGACGACAGGGAGCACCAGCCCUGCUAGCUGGGGCUGGAGGCUCGGGCUGUGUCUCUUCCACCUGGUACGUCAUUCCCAAGCACGGGGCAGCAGAGACAUCCUGAGCCACCAGGGACCAUUGCUGUUUUGGCCUGUUGAAGCCACUACUGGAGGUGGCUCAGCAAGGAGAAAGCCUGUUGGUGGCGAAAGGGGAGCUUCCCUUUCCCUCCUUCUGGAAAACAAAGCAAGCCUUAAACCCAUUCCUGAUGGAGCCUGCCCCGCAGCGACACUCAGGGCUUCCCUUCCUAUGUGGAAUGAGGCCUAUGAGGGAAUGAGGCGGAUGCUUCUCCGCUUCCUGGCUGCGUGGCGGCUGCUGAGCUGCUCUUCCUUCCUGGCCCUGCCUUGCGCGUGAGGCCCAACGACCCCUCUCUCCCGCUGCUCUGGGCGAUGCCUGGCCCCCUGCAGUGGCUUUGCUCAGGCGCAGGGUGAGCAGCGCUCUCGGGCAGGGAGGGAAGGAAGGGGAAGCCAUGGCAGCGGGCCCC